GAGGAGUCGACCACGUGCCCGGUGUGCAUGGCCGACGUCGAGGACGGCGACGUGCUGCGGACGCUUCCGUGCCUUCACGCGUACCACGCCGCGUGCAUCGAUCGGUGGUUGGAAGCGCACAAGACGUGCCCGGUGUGUAAGUUUGACGUC